AUGCCACUUUUCUCCGAGCAGCAUAACCUCAAGGUUAUCGAGCUCCGCCUUUUGGACAUGCCGACUGACAUGCCGGACCUCUCCCCCUGCAUCCAAUGCAUCCAGUCCAACGCAGGCACCUUGGUGGAACUUACCCUGCUAGGUCCGGCGGAACUUUACAUCGCAGGACACCUUGAUUAUCGGAAGUUCUCCGCACUGCAGCGCCUCAACAUCGGCUACAUUGAAGGCGAGGAAUUCCCAUUUGAACCCGCAUCCCUUCCCGACUCCUUGAAGGUCCUUACCGUGCAUUGGUCGGAUGAACACUCGCCAUACACCGGCAAAUUGGGCUACUUCUUCCGUAGCUCACGUCUGAUGUUGGAACAUCUCAACGACACAGAAGCAUUCCACACGAUUAUGGCACCGGGAGGCGUGGUUGUAAUGGAGACGCUCGGCAAGGAUUCGUCCGACCUACAUACCUUCUCCGAAGAGUGGAACAUCCAACUUUUACUGGAAUUGGACUCCGAAGCACGGGAUCCUGUUCAUCUGGGUCACAUUAAAGGUGUCCCGUUCACGUCUACACUCACAGUUGCAUUCUUGCCUUUUGAGUGGGCGAUCGUGCGGAUCACCCCAUCUCGCGUCCGCUAUCUGACCAUGGUAUGA